AGAGAUGGUUUCCUCUCCAAGCAAACACUCACUUAAAGGUGAUGGUGUUGCAAAAGUACUUGGUCCAGAACGUCCAGGACGGGUAAGAGGUCUUGGUUUCUGUGCGACUCCUUCAAAGUUGAAUGCUUUGGUGCACAAUCAUAACUUGCAAACUCAAGUUCAAGAGUUGAGGGAUGAAAUUAAAGAAUUAAGAGCUCUGUUUCAAGUGAAGAGUAAAAGUACUGAACAAGAAGAUAAUUCUAGAGGCAGAAGCUUGAAUGGUUUAGAUAACCUUCAAAAUAAGAAGUGCAAAUUGUUAUCUUGGUUUGGGAAAGCUGAUAUUGUUGCAAAAGGUGAAAUUGCAUCAACAAAUCCAAAUGAUCUAGUGCAUCAUGUACCCCUUGGUAAUGAAUGUUAGAGAGUUUGGGUUAAUGAAGUGAUCAAUAAUGUUAGCUUAUAUCAUCCCACGCGUGAGCUUUUUCUUCUGGAAGAUGCAUUAGGAAGUACAAUUGCAUGGCCAAGUAGGUAUAUCGAAGUGGAUUCGCUGUAAUCACAACGAAGGUAUGCUUAACUUCUUUUCUAUUUUAAUUCUAUUUACCUUUAUGUUCGGUCUCUA